AUGGAGUAUGCAAUCAAGUUCGAAUUCCUGGGGUCAAACAAUGAAGCAGAAUAUGAGGCUCUCAUCCUAGGACUUCAGCUUUGCAUUUUGGCGGGAGCUACAACUAUUGAGGCCCGAUCGGAUUCUCAACUUAUAGUGGGUCAGGUCUCAGGAGAGUACGAGGCCAAGGAGGAUAACAUGAGAAUGUACCUAGCUAAGGCCCAAGAGUUCAUCAAAAAACUCUCCCAUUUCCACAUCAGCCACAUACCCAGGUCGGAAAAUCAACAAGCCGAUGCUCUAGCUCGCAUGGCCAGCUCGGCAGAGGGGUCAGCUCCUCGGACCAUCAUGUGGGAGGUACUUCGCCAGCCCAGCAUAAAUGCCAAGGAACAGUUGAUCCUAGAUCGAACAUCUACUUGGACGGACGAAGUGGUCGGAUUUAGGGAUGGAAUCCUCCCAGCAGAGUCAAGGAAGCCAAAAGGAUCAAGCACCGAGCAGGGAAAUACACCAAGGGGCGUGUGGCAGCCACCAAGGAGGGAGAACUAUAGCUGGGAAAGCUCUAAGGGCGGAUACUACUGGCCUACUCUCAAGGCAGAUGCACAAGAACUGGUGAAGAGGUGCCCAUCUCCAGAUCCAUUCGGAUAUUCCCAGAGCCCCAGCCACCCCCCUCACCUCCAUUCAAGCAAUACUGCCAUUCGACAAAUGGGGCAUGGAUCUACUUGGCCCCUUCCCCCAGCAUCAGGUCAGCGCAAAUUCCUAAUAGUGGCAAUAGAUUACUUCACCAAGUGGACAGAGGCCGAGCCACUCGCUCCAUCACUGACAAAAGUGCAAGCCUUUAUCUGGAGAAACAUAAUCACGCGAUUUCGGGUACCCCGAGCCCUGGUCUCAGACAAUGGUCGGCAAUUCAACAGCGGACCAACUCGGGAUUAUUGUGCUCGUUUCGGCAUACAAACAAGGUUCUCAGCAGUGUCCCGACCACAAACCAACGGUCAAGCUGAAGCAGCUAAUAAGAUAGUGCUCAAAGAAAUCAAAAAGUCCCUUGACGCAGCAAAAGGGGAUUGGGUAGACGACCUACCCGGAGUUCUCUGGUCUGCUCGGACGACCACUAAGGAAGCAACUGGACACUCCCCCGUUCGGUUUGGUAUAUGGUAG